AUGCUCAGGCCUCCCNCGAUACGGCCUUGGACAUGCGCCAAAUGUCUCCGCCAUGAACAUCGUCGCCGUCUAGCCACCGCCGCGACCUCCGCAGCCUCGCAAUCCGCCUCCGCCCCACCGCCGCUUGUGUCACAUCGGGACCCAAAGACGUCGCACCAGGAUGCUACUCUACGCCAAAUCUUCGACUCGCAGCCCUUUUGGAAGGAUUUUUCUACUAGACAGACCCAUCCCUCGCGGAAAUCUCUAGGUCUCUUCCAGAACCGCUAUCUUACCAAGCCCGAAGGCUUCGAGCACUUUGCGUCCAUCACACUAGCAAAAUGCAAGCGCAUAGUCACAAAGGUUCUGGCAUACAGCAGUGUAGAACAGUACAAGAGCAUUGCAAAAGACUUGGACCGUUUGAGUGACUUGCUAUGUCGAGUCAUUGACCUUUCCGAUUUCGUUCGCUCCACACAUCCGGAUCGCAACAUACAAAUCGCUGCUACCCAGGCGUAUGCACAGAUGUUUGAGUACAUGAAUGUCUUGAACACAACUACUGGCUUGAACGACCAAUUGAAAGCUGCACUUGCCAUCCCCGAGGUUACUGCAUCAUGGAGCGAGGAGGAAUUGACUGUUGCCAACAUCCUUGCCAGGGACUUUGCUAAAUCAGCUAUUGACCUCUCUGACACCGAUCGCCAGGCUUUUGUCGAGCUUUCCAAUGAGAUUGCUGAAAUUGGUCCCGAGUUUGUCGAUCAAAUGGUGCCAGAGACACCGCUCCUCAAACUUGCUAGCAGCAAGUUGAAGGGUAUGGAUCCUCUGGUCGUGCGGCAAUUGACGAGAUGGGGUAGUGUCUCUCUGCCUACAAUCGCCGUGGUCAAGUUCUUGGACGCGCUGGCCGCUGACAAUGCUCCACGCGUGCAAUCAGAAGUACAGGAGUUGCUGGAGAUGAAAAACUCGGAUGCUCGUAGUGGAAACUUCCCUGCUUACUUCUCCCUCGGCACCGUCAUGCAAGGAUUAUCGCGCCUCUUUCAUCGUCUCUAUGGCAUCCGUCUGGUACCAAAGGAAGCUGCUCCCGGCGAAACCUGGAACAAUGACGUGCGUCGCUUAGACGUGAUAGACGACCGCGAAGGCCAUGUCGCAGUAAUCUACUGCGAUCUGUUCGAGCGAGCUGGAAAGUCCCCCAAUCCAGCCCACUUUACACUUCGCUGCAGCCGUCGCAUCCUCCCCGAUGAACUCGAAGAAGCAGAAGCCUUGAAAAACGCAACAGGCAAUCUUUUCUCCACAGCCGAAGAAGCAGCAACAGACGGCCUAUCAACAAGCAAAUCCCAGCGCGACAACAACGAGUUGUAUCAAUUACCUACUAUAGCACUAAUCUGCGACUUUGCCAUCCCACAAGGCGGAGCCACUAAACGACCCGCCCUCCUCACCUUCCGCGAAGUCCAAACACUGUUUCACGAAAUGGGCCAUGCACUCCACUCCAUCUGCGGUCGCACCGCACUCCAAAACGUCAGUGGAACACGCUGCGCCACCGACUUUGCAGAACUGCCUUCAGUGCUCAUGGAACACUUUGCCUCUGCCCCUGAAGUGCUUGCUCUAUAUGCCCGUCACUGGGAAACUGAUGCUCCACUCGACGCCACCAGAGUCGCCGAAAGAGUAAACCUAGACACGCAUUCCCAAGGCACAGAAACUGAAGCACAGAUCUUGUUAGCUAUGCUGGAUCAAACCUAUCACAGCAAAUUACCGCUCAAUCAGAGCUUCGAUUCGACAAGAACAUACCACGAUGUCUGGCAUAAAUACUCUUCCCUUCCAGAACCCGCGGGAACUUCUUGGCAAGGCUUUUUCGGACAUUUGUUCGGUUAUGGAGCUACCUACUACUCAUAUCUGUUUGAUCGCGCUAUUGCGGGAAAGAUAUGGAAAGAUGUGUUUAAGAGAAGUGCANGAGGGGCUGUGGAUCCAGAGGCUGGAGCAAGGUUUAGGGAUGAGGUGUUGAGGCAUGGUGGGGGUAGGGAUGGGUGGCAUUGUGUUGCCGGUGUGCUUGGAGAUACANGAGGGAAACUUGCUGAAGGUGGUGAAGAGGCUAUGGGCAUGGUUGGGCAGUGGGGUGUUAAGGAUUAG